AUGAACGAUGAUUCUAUGAUCUAUAUAGACAACAGGAUCAACACGUUCAAGUAUCCUGUUGCUAUUGAUGGCAAGAAAUACACAUGGAAUGAUAUAAUUGACUUUCAUGACAACAAGGAGCUAGUGGAAGCAGGAUUCUACUAUUCGCCUAUAAAGAGAACCACUAAUCGUAUCACUUGUGCUUAUUGUCAGAAAUCAACUACCGUCAAGAAGAAUCUGAGUGUUAAGGAGAUAGUAUCCGAUCAUUCCAAAUGCAGCAUAAGAUGUCCGAUGGCUUGUCUUUUAAAUCUAUACAACUCAUGUUGUGGUCUUCUUGAUGAUGAAAUAAAAAAAUGCUGGGCCAAAUCGAAAUUUCGAGAUCCAUUCAAUCAAGAUUCUGUCAAGCUUCGGGCUAAUUUUUUCAAAAACUUCCCCUUGGAUGAUACAGACUACCGACCGAAUUCUAAAUCCUUGUCCGAAGCUGGAUUCAUUUACCUGCCUCGUUAUUUUGGAGACGAUAGAGUGGUUUGUGCUUAUUGUCAUUGUGCUCUAGAUUCAUGGGAUCAACAAGACGAUCCAAUUGAGGAGCAUUUGAGCAAUAAUUCAAGCUAUUGUUAUUUUUUGGAUAAGUAUGUGGAAAGGAAGCAAGGUGAGAGCAAACAUGCGGAAAAAUCACUCUUUGAUGAAUCUUUACAUUUGGAUGAGUAUGAUUAUGAUAUUGCAAGAGGUGAUAUAGAAGAGAAUAGAGAAGAACCCCCCUUGACAAAGCAAGAUGCCGAUAGAGGAAAUGACUCAAAACCAAAACAGAGUUUCCAUGAACGAACAUACGUCAAAGAGGAUCCAAACUUGAAAUAUUGGAAAAAAUUACCAGACGAAGAUUUAUUGCAGGAGUUUAUUCAAGUUUCGAAGCAUGCAAAUGGUGAAACAGGUGCGGGUGCAGUUGAGACAAAGUCGACAAAUGCGCAUAUUAUUAACGAUAAGCAAGAUGAUAGAAGUGAGGGAGGAAAUGUGGGUGAUAAGAAUGGUGGGGGAACUCCAGGAGCGGGUAAUUUGCCUGAUAUUGAUAAUGGAGAAAAGGAUUUCGGACACCCCGAUUCCAACAAUGAAAUGCCAAUGGACGACAUCAAUAGCAUAGAGAUGGUUGAGCCAGAUCAAAAAGAUAGCAUUGUGAAAUCUUCUAAUGAAAGCGCUCACAAAGAAGAUGAAGACAGCAUAGAUUCAAACUCAAAUGAUGACUAUGACCCCACUUCUGACUCAUUUGAACCUUCAAAUGAUCGAGAUGAAUCUAUAAUUGAGUUUAAACCAAAGAAGACCAAAAAAGAAACACUUCAAGAAGAUCGAAUUGAGAAGAAGUUUAUGUUGCAACCUGAUGAGCCCAAAAAGCGAUCUGGCGAAAGCUUGUCACCCACACGUCGCAAGAAAAUGAUUAAGCGAACCACAGCAGUACCUGUUUUUGAAGAUAGCUCUAUUGAUCAAGACUAUGAUGAAGCUCACAUUGCCAAAUUAGAAAAAAACAUUGUCAAACAAAGCAUGUUUUUACCUAUGGAGGACAAAAGUUUUGAACAACCAGAGGUUUUCACAUCACCAAUGCGCAUGUCACCCACCAAACUACCAGAACUGGCUAAGAAAACUGAUUCUAUCAAGCCUAGUAUUUUUGAUCUGUCCUGUGAUAUCACUAAUGAGGAUUUGAGAAAGCUGAAACUAGCCGAGGUGUACUCCGUUAAUGGUAGAAAAGAGGACUCCAAAGUGUCUAGUGACGAAACCAACAGUCUAGGAUCAAUGAAUUCAAAGGAUAAAAAGGCUAGUGUACAUGAUACCCAUACCGAUGUGAGACCAGAAGUUGAAGCUAAUGCAAUCACUAAAGACGAGCCCCAUAGGACAAAUCAAGUCCAAUUGGAAAUUAAAACCAUUCAAGCAUCCAAUACAGUCAACAAUUCUUUAACCGAUGUAAAGCUCAUGAAUGGUAAUGAUAACAGCUUGGAAGGAGUGGAUAAUCUUGGGGCCGAAGCCGACGUCAAAGAUGAAGAGUUUAUGACUGAGAAAGUACAAAAAUCGAGCUUUUCACGUGAAAGCUUUAUUCAACAGCAAGCGAAGGGCCCCAAAAAUUCACACGUUAGUCAUGAAAACAAAAUAAUCGAACAUGAAUUUAUCGGUGGUAAUGUAUUUCAAAGAUCAGUAACCCACCCUGAAUCUUUACACGACAACGACUCUGAACUGGAUUACUCUGAUUAUCUCAACGAAAUUAAUGAGAUGGACAAACAUUUCGAGAUUGAAGACAAUGUGAAGGAAAAAACUAUUAAGGCUGAAUCGAAGCAAGCAGAUACAUCUCUGUUAGAACAAGAUACUGGAGACGCUAGUGGUCAACUUAAUUGGGAACAACUGUCAAAGAAUGUCGCAAACAUUCUAGGUUCACCAGAUAAAGUGCUAAUUAAAUCAGUCAAGGAAGAGCUGCAGCAAAUCAAUGAGACUACCAAGCCUUCUUCAAUUGAGACUCUUGAGGUGAACAAAAUGCUCAGGUCCAAUACUGGAACUUCCCAACCUCAUGACGGCAGUCUCAGCGAUCAUCACUUAGAUGUGAAUGCCUUAGAACGUAUACUCACACCUGAGUUGGACCAUUCUUCAGCUGAUGCAAAAACGUCAACAGAGAAGGCACCUUCAACUGAUGCUUUGAAUGAGAGUAAGCUCGUGAUAAAUGACUUCAUGCACGAAACCCGUAAAGAAUCCACAAGGGUAAUUUCAGCAAAUGAUCAACUCAGCGAAUCAGAAGGAACGAAUGAUACAUCAAACCUGACAGGUCCUCUAGCAAUGGACUCAUUUUUAAACGACGAAAACGAUAAUGCAGCAGAAGGAACACAAUCUAUAGCUGCACUCGAAUGGGAGGCAAAAUCCAUGCAGCAAUUUGUACAACAAAUGCAAGAUUUGGACAAUAGUUCAAAAGAACUCAAAAUGCUAGCUGGCUCCAAAUAUGACCUCCACAACGAUCUAGAUGGCGAUUUAACUAGAUUCAUUGCUGAGAUGCCAGAAGAGGAGGAGCAAAUGACUAUUGAACAAUGGUUGGAACAUUGUGCCAUCAAUUGUAAGGACAUAGUAGCCCAAUCAAUGAAGGAGAUGAAUCAGUAUAUUCUUGAUGAAUACGACCGUGCCAUAAAAACUUUAGAAUCGUUGGAGGAAAGCUGA